UCCCUCCUCCCAGCGCUCCAACACAUCCCCACCGCCCCCCGGUUGCUUCCAGGGACAGCAAGAGUGGAGAUCGCCGUCGGCGAGGAUGGUGGACGUGUCGCGCGUGCAGAAGGAGCUGACGGAGUGCAACCGGGACUCGGACGUCUCCGGCGUCUCCAUCGCGCUCCACGACGGGGGCUCCAGCAUCACCCACCUCACCGGCACCAUCGCCGGGCCCCUCGACACCCCCUACCAGGGCGGCAUCUUCCGCAUCGACAUCCGCCUCCCAGGUGGCUAUCCGUUUGAGCCUCCCAAGAUGCAGUUCAUCACCAAAGUAUGGCACCCAAACAUUAGCAGCCAGAAUGGAGCAAUUUGCUUGGACAUACUGAAAGAUCAGUGGAGCCCAGCCCUUACCUUGAAGACGGCGUUGCUAUCCCUUCAAGCUCUGCUUUCUGCUCCAGCCCCUGAUGAUCCUCAGGAUGCUGUUGUUGCACAACAGUAUCUACGUGACAAGUCCACAUUUGUCAAUACUGCUCGCUAUUGGACGGAGGCAUAUGCAAAGAGCGACUCCACCGGCAUGGAAGAGAAGGUGCAGAAGCUGGUAGAGAUGGGCUUCCCUGAGGAUAUGGUGAGAAGUGCCCUGAAGAGUGUCAACGGCGACGAGAACAUGGCCCUCGAAAAGCUCUGCUCCGGCUGAAGCCCUAUCCUUAUUAGAACUGUAAAUCACGUGCCCAAUUUAUUAUGAAUCAACGAUUCUAGGUAAUGCUCCUGUUAUGCCAUGUCAGUGUGGCCUCUAGGGCACUAUAUAUAGAGGAUUGAACCAUGGAACUGAACUGAAGACUAUCUAUCAUAAGUCGACAGACUUCGUUCA